GACCAGCAAUCGUCGCACUAUAAAUGUAUAAAUCCUGCAGACAGGGACAGUCAUUACUCUGGUCUCUGAACUUUGGUAAAUGUCUGUGAGCUGAAGAGAUGCAGUCGUGUGAUUUCUGCGGACACGGCCCGGGUGAGAAUAACCACGGUGUGUCCUUCUUCAAAUACCCUUUAAAAGAGGAGCUUCGCCAUUACUGGAUAGUUAAUAUGGGGAAAGACUCGGAUUGGACUCCAUCUGAAUCCUCUUUUCUGUGCUCCGCUCAUUUCACUCCGGAUUGCUUUGAAUCUGGAUCAGCGCGUUUACACCCAGACGCCAUACCCACUGUAUUUCAUUUUACACAAUCUAAGAAUCAGUUGCUAAGGGACACUGAAAAUCUCCCUCCACACCAAGGGGCACCUCCCGAGUCCACCGACUCAUCCAGGUCAUCCUGCUGUGACUCUUAUAAACGUCUGCAGGCCUCAGAAAGAAAUUACCAGCUGAAACUAGCUGCUGCUCAGCUCCAGAUAAAAGAAUACAAAAAGAAUUUAGCGGAAGAGUCACGAAAAGCAACACAAUGGCAGAAGCGAGCAAUAGUUUUGCAGAGUGCCAUCAGAGCGAUGAAACAAAGGGGGUCUAUACCCGCCUCAAGAAAAACAUCUACACCUAAAAAUAAUCAUUUGGACUGA